CACUGCUGCCGCCGCCAACAAGUGCAUGCGCGCCAUGGCCGCCGCCGCCGCCGCCACGCUCCUCCUCCCUCUCCUCCUGUCCGCCAUGAUCACGGCUUCUGUGGCGGCGGCGGGCGAGCAGGAGACGCUCAUCAAGGUGUACUGGCACGACGUGGUGAGCGGGCCGGACCCUACGGUGGUGAAGGUGGCGCGGGCCGCGACGACCAACGCCUCCAAGACCUUGUUCGGCUCCGUCAUGGUCAUCGACGACCCCCUCACGGAGGGCCCCGACCUCGGCUCCUCCCGGCUCGUGGGCCGCGCGCAGGGCACGUACGUCAGCGCCGGCAAGGACGUGCCGGAGUUGGCCAUGGCCAUGACCUUCGUAUUCCAGGGCGGGAGCAGGUACAACGGCAGCUCCGUCGCCAUCAUGGGCCGCAACGAGGUGGGCGCCGACGUCAGGGAGAUGGCAGUCGUCGGCGGCACCGGCGUCUUCAGGUGGGCGCGCGGGUAUGCGCAGGCCAGGACGCAUGCCUUUAACCUCAGUACUGGCGACGCCACCGUCGAGUACAGCCUCUUCGUCAGACACUGAUCGAUUAUAUAUUGUCGAGGAAGCACUACUAUAAUACAAUAACGGCUACAAUCUUGUGUGUUUGACGGCCCUGGGUACUUAGAGCCUGAUUGGUUGCUUGCCUGCCAAAAUUUGGGCCAUUUGGGCAAAAAACUUACCAAUAUUUUGGUAAGAAAAAGGGAGAAGUUGCCAAAUUUCGGUACCAAACCAAAUAGUAGCUAAAAGAUUGGCUUGCCAAAACUCUGGCAUGCCAAAAAUUUGGCAACAAACCAAUCAGACUCUUAUUUGCAUAAGCAACUAUAUGUGAUAUACGUGUUGUGUCA